GCCAGCUGAGGCGGUCAAGCGGGAAUUAAUAACAAAAAGUCUACUCGGAGCUUCAUUUUCAAGGGGUGGUCGAUUCUGGCAUAUGUCAGAAGCACGCAUCAUCGCGAGGCUAGGCCGCAUCGAUAUCCAAAAUCCAUGCUUGAGAAACAUCGAGGGAUCAUAGACUCGCGGAACCCCACCAGAAAGACCAGGCUCGGGUUGCUUGUGAUGCCGACCUCCUAUCGCGCUUGGGGCAAAGCCUCUUUAUCGCCCGUAUCUUUGUUCGGUCUGUCUGGUCUGACUCAAUUGCCCGGAAGCGGUGGGAGCGCCAUCUACGUCCACAAUCCUCAUCCUAUGGAAGAAGGGUUGUGUCGUCCCUGGCUAGCAAGCCUAUUCUUCCCGGAUCUGAUUACCAACCCAUGCUUUCUCGGGAACCAUUCACCGCGCUUCGUUCGAUCACGCCAGAGGCAGGGCAUGCAGAGCCAUCCCUCCAACGCGCGACAUGCCGCACCAAAGAUGGGUUUAUCGGCCAGUCAAGGAACCGGAUCGGGGCGAGCUACCCACAACGCCUGAAGCUAAGUCAAGGGUAGCCCCGAAUGGAGGGGACAGCAAUUAAGGUGAGUUUGGGAAGGUCACCUCGCUUCAGCGCAGGGUCCUCGGUCUCUCUACAAUAACUUACGUAGUCCAUUUUUGUUUUCUUCCUCUUUUACUUGGCCGCGCGCUUCGGACAAAAUCCCAUAAUCCCCCGAGCUGCGAAUCUUGAACGUCAUGGAAUUCUUUCACACCCUUGAUCUUGACUCUUGCUGCUCCCCGCGACUCAAUUUUA